AUGUUGCAGGAUGAGUUCGGUUAUCGAGUAGCGGACAAAAUAUACGAUUUGACGAAGUAUAACGAGGUGUGUAUUGAUUUGGGUUGUGGGGGUGGGCAUAUUGCACCGAAUGUUAUUAAGGAGAAUGUAGGCAUGUUAAUCGAGUGCGACAUGAGCGAGGCGUUGAUACGACGCGCGAAGCGUGCGGCGGACGCGGAGGUGGUGACCGCGCGCGUGAUAGGCGAUGAGGAGUUGGUACCGUUCAGAGAUAAUUGUGCUGAUUUGGUAGUAUCCUCCCUGAGUGCACACUGGAUCAAUAGGCUACCGGAAUGGUUAGUUAUUGAUUUGUUCAAGCGAUGCUAUGAUAUCCUGCGACCGGACUGUCCGAUGAUAGGGGCGGUGUUGGCUGGAGAGACCCUUCAUGAGCUGAGGAUAUCAUUGCAGUUGGCUGAGACGGAGAGAAUGGGUGGUAUUGGGGCGCAUAUAUCGCCGUUUAUAAAGCCACAGGAUAUUGGGUCGUUGAUGAAUAGAGCGGGAUUUGAUAUGAUUACGUUGGAUACGGAUGAGAUUGAGGUGGGAUAUCCGAGUAUGUUCGCGUUGAUGUACGAUCUGCAGUGUAUGGGUGAAUCGAAUGCGGCUCGGAAUAGGUCAGCGAAUCUGAGGAGGGAGGUGUUGGUGGCAGCAGAUGCUAUUUAUAGGUGUUUUAGGACGAUGUUUGGAAAGGAGCGAAAGCAAGGAGAGGGUGACGAUGGGAAGUGGGAGGAGGGUGGCAGUGAGGUGGUUUAUCCGGCGACAUUCCAGGUGAUAUCUUUUAUCGGA